AUGUUGACAGAUUUGGCUGAUAUUCUUCGUAAAGUAGAUCUCACUGUCGUCGAAGUUGAUGGCUGGAAGACACGUGGUCAUGGAAAGAUGAAUUCUGUAAAAAGUAUUAUCGUCCAUCAUACGGCUGGUCCAGCUACUGAUGAUUUUCCUUCAUUACACAUUGUUCGAGAUGGCCGAGCGGAUCUUGCUGGUCCACUUUCACAGCUUGGACUAGGCCGUACGGGAAAAUGGUAUGUCAUUGCAGCAGGUCGUUCUUAUCAUGCUGGUAAAACCAUUGAUGACUCUAUUUUCGGAAACAUAAAUGCUAUCGGUAUUGAAGCUGAAGGCGCUGGUAUUCCAUCAACUGAUGUUGGGCAUGCAUAUUGGCCUGAAGUGCAAUGGCAAAGUUAUGUAUGUGGCGUUCGAACCCUCAAAAAUGCCUUUAAUGUUCCUACUUCGCAUGUUAUGGGACAUAAGGAGAUAGCAGUACCUGCAGGUCGUAAGAGUGAUCCUAACUUCUCCAUGGAUGAGUUUCGUGCUGCUCUCGAUUAA